AUGGGUCUCCUGACGAAAGCUGCUGUUAUCGGCGCCGGGAUCUACGCAGUAAAGCACCUCAAAGAGAAGAAGGACAACCAAAAAGCCGGCGCACAGUACGAGCAGCAACAGCAACAGGGUCAGGGGCAGUUCGCGCCGCAGGGACACCAACAACAGCAGUACCAGCAGGGUCAUGGACAACAAUACCAGCAGAACCAGCAGCAGCAGUAUGCUCCGCAUGGGGAGAAGGGGGGCCCGCCGUCGUAUGUCCAGCAUAAUGGGGGUUAUGGAGCGGAGAAGAUGGGGGGGAAGUGA